CAAAAUGUGCAAACGCUAUGAUACUGAAGAAGAAGAAGACGAGAUUAAGAGGGACAGACUUUUUUUACUUGACAGGCUCACUUUCACGUUAACCUCGUCAUCUUUCUUCUCUUGUCAGCAGGACAUAAUAUAGAGAGAGCGUCAUACAAUGGCUGCCAAUCCUGAUUACCAAGCAAUUGAUUUGCUAAGAGAUAGAGGUUAUGUGCCAGGGAAAACGGAUACAUUGCUGCCAACCCAAGUAACUGAUAACAUGAGCUCGGAUGAAACGAGGGAAGGAAGUCCAAAAACACCUGUGCCUUACACCCUGAACAGUGAUUGGUCCAUGUGUCAACCAAUAACAUUCAACGGUGGGAUCCGUACCUCUGUGAAAUGGAGCCAGCAGGUGGAGACAGAGUACUCAGUGUAUACAGUCGGCUCAGCAGACAGUGAGAUUGAUUUAUAUGGAUCUGGUCUUCAUAUGAAUCAGAGCCCUACUGUUGAGGACCCUCUGCCUGCUUUAGGCCAGAUGCAGGAUAGCAGAAUAGUACAUUGUACCAGACUGGACUGUACUAUAUGUGUACAGCGCAGCGACGAAGCUGUGAAGUUCUGCCAGGAUUGCAAGGCUACUUUCUGUGAGAACCAUGUUAGAGACCACUACCAGGCCCCAGGACUGAUGAAACACACAUUGGUGGAGGCCACUGAAGGAAGGAAAACCAUUCCAAAUGUAGAUGAUCAGGUCCAUGAAACAUAUGUUGAAACAGAACAAACUGUGCCUCAGGUCUGCUCAUGGAAAACAGCCUUCUUCUUCAGUCUUCUGGGGAUUCUCAUUCUGGUACUUGCCCUGGUAGGACUUGCAUGUUAUACACAAUUGUGUGUCACUGUACACGGGUCUGAGGUGGGAUUUCAGCAACGGAUUGUUCUGCUGGGGAAGACUGGAUCAGAGAAGAGAGCAUCAGGAAACACCAUCCUGGGAAGAGAGGCCUUUAAAGUGGAGGCUUCACCUUCGUAUGGGCCACAGUGUGAGGAACAAGAUGCUGUUGUGGGCCAAAAUAACAUAACUAUGAUUAACACCCCAGAUGUGUUGCCAUCUGAGGAACUUGCAGGUAAAGUAGCUCAAUGCAUCAACAUCUCAACACCUCACGUGUUCCUGCUGGUGAUCAGGUUGUGCAAUUGGUGUACAGAAGAGGAGAAGAAAACUGUCAAAUGGAUGAAUGAGAACUUUGCGGAGGAGGCCCUUAAAUACACCAUUGUGCUGUUCACUGGUGGAGACCAGCUAGAAGGGAAACCAGUGGAGGAGUAUCUAAUGGACAAUAGUGAUUCCCUAAAGCUUCUCAGUAUGUGUGGUGGUAGACAUCACGUCUUCAAUAACAAAGAAAAGAAUGACCUCACUCAGGUCACAGAGCUGCUGGAGAAGAUAGAUGGAUUAUUGAAUGAGAAUAGGGGAUACUAUCAUGUGACCAACAUCUUGACCCGGAGGAGAGAGGAGAUCAGGAGGAGGGAGGAGGCUCUGAGAAAGAUACUGGAACAGGAGGUUAGAAAGAGGGAUGCAGCCAUAGCAACGAUAAGAGAGGAGGAGGAGAAAAAGAGGGAUGCAGCCAUAGCAACGAUAAGAGAGGAGGAGGAGAAAAAGAGGGAUGCAGCCAUAGCAACGAUAAGAGAGGAGGAGGAGAAAAAGAGGGAGACUGAAGAGAGAAAAGUCUGUGAGGGGGAAGAUGAAGGGAGGAAGGUCAUUGAUAAUCUGGCAUUGAAAGUCUCAGGCUCAAAAAUGUAUGUAGGAGUAACAGUGAUCACAAUGAUCAUACUAAUUGUCCUUUAAUGAUACUAAACUGAACAUUAGGGAGUCUUUUCAUUUGGUAUUCACAAUCAUCAUCUGAACAUUAGGGAGUCUCUUCAAUCAUCAUCUGAACAUUAGUUUGUCUCUUCAAUCAUCAUCUGAACAUUAGUUUGUCUCUUCAAUCAUCAUCUGAACAUUAGGGAGUCUUUUCAAUCAUCAUCUGAACAUUAGUGAGUCUUUUCAAUCAUCAUCUGAACAUUAGGGAGUCUCUUCAAUCAUCAUCUGAACAUUAGUGAGUCUCUUCAAUCAUCAUCUGAACAUUAGUUUGUCUCUUCAAUCAUCAUCUGAACAUUAGUUUGUCUCUUCAAUCAUCAUCUGAACAUUAAUUUGUCUCUUCAAUCAUCAUCUGAACAUUAGUUUGUCUCUUCAAUCAUCAUCUGAACAUUAGUGAGUUUCUUCAAUCAUCAUCUGAACAUUAGUGAGUCUCUUCAAUCAUCAUCUGAACAUUAGUGAGUCUCUUCAAUCAUCAUCUGAACAUUAGUUUGUCUCUUCAAUCAUCAUCUGAACAUUAGUUUGUCUUUUCAAUCAUCAUCUGAACAUUAGUUUGUCUCUUCAAUCAUCAUCUGAACAUUAGUUUGUCUCUUCAAUCAUCAUCUGAACAUUAGUGAGUCUCUUCAAUCAUCAUCUCUUAUUGUAAAGCAGGGUGACCUCUGAAAACAAAACAAGUUUGCAGAUGAAAAUGAUAAGUUCAUUUAUUAAUUGAUUUCAUUGAUUAAUUGUUAGAAGUGGUUUUAUAUAUUCUUUAAGAACAUAUCUCCCAUUAUAACCUGGUGUUUAGAGAAAUAUAAGAUACCUGCACUUUCUCCAAUGGGUGAACAAAUAAUGCAGUGUCAUGUAUUAUGCAAUAUAAAGGUCAAAACGGUCAAGGAAUACAGUUGAAUCAUCAUAUAGCUGUGUUGGGAUUUGUUUGGUGCAGUAUUUUCAAUGUUAUAUUAACUGGGCCUGGAAAUUCACUAUACUGUAGCUGUGUCUCAUGAAGUGCUGGACCCAGUUUAAAUGUCCUUUAAUAAAACCAAUGUCAGAACAUCAAUGUAAAAUAUCAGUUAUGCAUUUUGUACCACAUCAGUGAGGCGCAGUUGGCUAAGCUACUACCGGGAACUGCUCAGUGCCAGAGGCCAGCUAGUUACUGGGUUGUUUCACAAUAAGAGUGCCUUUUGCGUCCCUUUGAUAUCUUGUCAGGGGUUCAACUAGGGGUCAUGAUGGGGGCUGUACCAAAUGUUUGGUGUAUUAUAAUAAUUGAUUAUGCUUAUGUUGUAUUAAUAGAAGGGGAGGGGUUAUAAGACCCCACCCUCCUUACAUUUAUUGGGUCCUAGACUACAGAUAAACAAUAUAUAUAUAUAUAUAUAUAUAUAUUCAUUAUAAAGGUUUAAUAUUGUUCCACAGUUGUUUUCUAGUCUCUCUGCCUCAUAAAGAAACUGUCUGGGAAAUGUGUGACUGUGAAGACAGAACUCUGCAGGGGAGUGUAAGAGAUAAGAGACUAGUCAGACAUUCCACUAUAAAUCAACUUGGACAUUUACUGCCAAGCUUUUAGAUAACACUAAAAGUCUUCUUUAUAUAGCUGUGUAGGCAUGGUUUUGAUCUCAUGAGUAGAAGUUAAUGACGUAGGCAGUGACAUCACAAGGGGUUGACUACAAGCAUGAUAAAAGCAACUUGGGACCUUUUCUAUUUUGCAGAACUUACUCGGAAACAUGCAUGCUAUGUUCCUGUUGUCAACUUCUGUCUGCAAUUGCAUUAAUAAAUGAAUGAAUGAUUUAAUUAAA